UGCAUCACAUGAGAUGAGCUGAACUACUAGAUCCACCCACAAUCUAAUCUAUCAGGAGUUCAGCUGGCACUAAAUCGAUUCUCAAAGGAUGGUAUGAGCAUCUCUUAUCAUCAUUUCUCAUAUGCAGUGCAUCUGGUGUACAUGCAGCCAAAGAAUAAUGGAAGUUUCUUACAGAUGCUUUCCCACCACCGUUAAAUGUAAGAUGUGGAUACUUUAUUACCAGUCCUGUCCAGCAGUAGUCACAUAAUGGCAUGUAGAGGCGCGUGCUGCUGUGGCUGUGGUCCUGUGAAUGAAGAUAAUGCGAGGUUCAUUAUGUUGCUGCUCCUCAUCAUCCUCUAUCUCCUGUGCGGAGCCGCGGUCUUUUCAGCCCUGGAGCAUCCCAAGGAGAGACAGGCGAAGGAAAAGUGGGCUCAGAGGUUUGAACUUUUCAGCCAAAAGUACAACCUCAACAGAAGUGAUCUGGAGAGGUUCUUGAGACAUUAUGAAGAGGCGAACAUCGCAGGAAUACGGGUGGACACCCUCAGACCGCGCUGGGAUUUUACUGGAGCCUUUUACUUUGUCGGUACUGUCGUGUCCACCAUCGGGUUUGGAAUGACCACACCAGCCACAGUCGGUGGCAAAAUCUUCCUGAUCUUUUAUGGCCUCAUUGGCUGUGCAGCCACUAUUUUAUUUUUUAAUCUGUUUUUGGAGAGAAUGAUAACAGUCUUGGCUUUUGUCCUCAAAUCCUGCCAUGAAAUCCAACGGCGACGCAAAGGAGUUUUACCUCACGACAGCAGACAAGACUCAAGCAAUGCAAGGCUAAAAAGUAAAGACAGUCUUGCGGGAUGGAAGCCCUCAGUGUACUGUGUGAUGUUGAUCCUUUGUGUGGCAGCAAUAAUCAUUUCUUGUUGUGCUUCGGCCAUGUACUCCUCGAUCGAGGGAUGGGAAUACUUAGACUCACUCUACUUCUGCUUUGUGGCAUUUAGCACCAUUGGUUUCGGGGAUAUGGUCAGCAGCCAGAGGGCCAGUUACGAGAACCAAACAGUCUACAGAAUAGCCAAUUUCUUCUUUAUUUUAAUGGGCGUUUGCUGCAUUUACUCGCUAUUCAACGUCAUCUCCAUUGUUAUCAAGCAGGUGCUCAAUUGGCUCCUGAAAAGGCUCAAGAUCCCAUGCCUUCACUGCCCUGGGAGGUCUCUCCGGCCCCGUAGGAAUGCAGUCAUGCCAGCCCAUGUCCGAACACGUGUUCGCAACAUAUCCAUAGACACGGAUGCAGUGAACGACAGUGAGACGGAUGGACGCAGGAUGUCCGGAGAAAUGAUCUCCAUGAGAGACUUCCUGGUGGCUAAUAAGGUCAACUUGGCAAUCAUGCAGAAACAACUCUCUGAGACUGCCAACGGCCAUCCCAGGCCAUGCGGGUCAACAAAUAGACACAAUGGAUUUUCUGGUGGGGUCGGAGCCCUGGGCAUAAUGAAUAAUAGACUUGCAGAAACCAGUGUGGACAGAUAAAUAUAACCUUUCCAAAUAAAAUAACACAAUGGCUUUAUGAAAAGCCAGAAUGCACUGCCCAAAGUUUAGCAACUAUUAAUUUUAUAAUACAGAUGUAGGCUCGUACAUACAGUCUGUUAUGUGAGUUGAAUGCUGUAUAGUUGAAAUAUCCAUUGCUGGUUUAAAGGUAAAGAGAAUGGAACUCAGGUCUGUUUCUAAGAUUGAUGUGCUGGGGGACACUUUGCUGCACAGAGUUUUGACUCAAACUCUCUCAUGAUUGCAGGGUUUUUUUAUUUUAUUUAUUUUUUCUCAAGGAUGUUGCAAUCAGCUAGAGCACUUUGUAUGACAAAAAAAUAAAAAAUAAGCACAGACGCUAUGCUGGUAGAUCUACAGUGGGGUCCAAAGUCUGAGACCAGUAGUCUGAAUGUAUAUUCUUUUUAUAACUAAAUGUACAUGUUAUACUAUAAGCAUUAUAAUUAUUACUAUAAUAACUGCAUGAAAUUUAAACUGGAAAAAUUAACACGAUUUUCAUAAUUGUUGAAAUUUCAUAACUAUUAAUUGAUAAUAGUGUAAUAGUACUUUGCUUGUCCCUCAUGGUUUUAAUUACUGCAGCACUUGGAUCAGAUGAUCCAAAGAGCAUCUUAGACCUUCUGUAGAGUCACAUCAUCAAUGUUACAAAUUAACUUAUUUGAUCAGUGACCUAGUAGUUCUGAAUCUUAAGUAUUAAAUAAGUUAAAUAUCAUAUAUACACUAAAAAUAAAAAGUUUGUUUAAAAAGAAUAAUCAUUCAGCAAAGAUGCACUAAAUGUACAGUAAAAACAUUUAUAAACUUGCAAAAUAUUUCUAUUUCAGAUAAAUGCUGUUAUUUUGAACUUCAAUUCAUCAAGAAUCUGUAAAAGGUUUAUCAUGAUUUCCACAAAAAUUUUAAGAGUGCAACUGUCUGUAACAUUGAUAAUAACUAUUUCUUGAGUUGCAACUUUACAUUCUAACUGAAACAAAAUUUUACAUUACAGUUUUUACUGAUUUUUUAAAUCAAAUAAAUGCACCCUUAAGCACAAGUGACUUGCUUAACAAGCUUUUGAAUAUGCAUGAAUGUGGUCUGAGAUUUUCAUUGUGGUGUGAGACUUUGGACUUCUGUCAGCUUCUGAGCAUUUCUUUUAAGGUUCUGCUGAAGAAUCUAAGUGAUAAAGUGAUGCAAAUUACAUUCAUCUGCCAGUAACUUGCUGUCCUUUUCACUGUGCAGGUAUGUAGAUAUGGGCAUGAGGCAUAAGGUGUGACGGUUAUGAGAGCCAAACAGCUCAAAUGCCAUCUGUUUCAUGCAUGACAUUAUACUGCAGAUACUUCAUAGUGUUCUAGUAGCUUUAUAGAAUUCAUAAGUCAACACACUGAUUGAAUUGCUUAUCAGGUAUUCCAGAUUAUACAAACAGAAGCGCACAGAACAAAACAAACCAUGUCGUCCAGAACGGUUCAUGAAAUAUGUGCAAUGCCAAAAUGGGUAUGAUGCAGGACAUCAGAUCAUUUUCUCCAGCACUUUGUAUCUUGAGCUCUGAAAUCUGCUUAUUUUAUUUUGAGAUGAAUGCUUGUACCUAUGUAGAAGAUGUAAUGCAUGUUGAAUUAAUAAAAUAUGCUUUGCCAGAUUUGCUGGUAAAUCUUGUAAAUGUCAAAAUGGGUGUGUGAAUGUGUGAUGAGAAUUAUCAUUU